AUGUUAAGCGCAUCUCAGUCGAUUGGUGCAGUAGCUUAUCAGUGCUACGUACAUUUUGAAGACAACAACGUGGUCUUCGAAGGCAUCAUAGCUUUGGCAGAUUUUGUCGGAUAUGGAUUUACUUAUGUCAAUUUUAAAUUAAAUGCAGAAAAAAUUAAAAGUUGCACGGAAAAAAUGUCAUCAGUUUUUCAAAAGUUCUGUGGUGAACAUGUCCUAAUGGAGGCUGAGCAAGAAGUUAAAUUGGUCACUAAAGCUUUAUUAUUCUACACUUGUGGAGGAGUGGUCAUCAAUUCUGUACUGCCAAUGUUAGAAUUCAAAAGUUGCCAGGAGACUCGUGUUAGUGAUUAUUAUAGAAUACAUGAUCCUUGUGGAAUGCCUGUAAGAACCUGGUAUCCAUUUGAUUCGACCCAAACGGGGCAAUAUUACUUUUUAGUUAUAUUACACGCAUAUACAUGUCUAGCAAUUGCAUCGACUGUCUUAUGUAUUACUAUGACUUUAGUAGGACUUAUGAUUCAUAUUAUUGCACAACUUAGAUAUUUACAAUAUUGUAUUCUUCAUGCUUUUGAUUUUGACAUUGAUGAUCCUUGCUUAUUAAGGAGAAAAUUACAUUUUUGUAUUCAAUAUCACGUUACCGUCAUAAAUUAUGCUACUGAAGUAUUUGGAAAUUUUAGUUUAAUGCUGAUAGUUCAUGUUUCGCUUACGUCUCUAGUCAUGGGUAGUCUAUGCUUUCAAAUAGUAUAUGCUGAAAAUGCCUCAGAUAAACUUCGAUUCAUGCUGCAUCUUGGAGGAUGGGUAACAAUGUUAUUUAUUACAUGCUACUAUAGCCAGCAGAUUAUAAACGAGAGCGUAUCUGUAGCAGAUGCAGCCUUUGAUUCCAAAUGGUACAAUGCUCCCCUAUCUAGUAAAAGGUGUCUUAUUUUGAUAAUGAUGCGGUCACAAAAACCACUCAAGUUGUCAGCGGCGUCUGUUACUGUACUUUCCCUUCAGUCAUUUUUAUUGAUUACCAAAACAGCUUAUUCCUAUUUCACGUUACUUCUUAGUAUGGAACAAUAGAAUUCUACCUUAUAGUUACAUAACUGCUUAAUAAUAGAGUAUGAGAAACGUUUUAUGUAUUCUUAA